UAUAUUGUGAGAGUUAUAAAGAUGAGCAGUAGACAAGGCUGGUUACGGCUAGAAACAUGGAGUCCAGGACGCUGCUACAUGCAAGUCUAACUUUGUUAAUCCUCUUUACCAGCGGCAUCGGAGGACACAUCGAAAAUGGCUCUCAUCUGAAAAUGGAUCAGGCUUUGCUCAUAUUUCAUAACCAGCUGACUGAAGAAGUGCAUGCUUCCUACACAUCAGAUUACUGCUACAAGUGUUUGUACCAACAUUUGGUCACAGUGAAACCCAACAACAAUAAUGCAUCUGCAAUAAUCAGCACCAAAUUUACUCUGACAGUACAAGUGGAAUCACAAACCAGGAAUGCAACCUUUUGCAGAUGGAGUCAAACGUAUGAGGAAGGUGGUCACUACUCUAUUUGGAUUUACACCCUAGAUGCAAAUAAUCGCAGCUGCACUCGCAUUGUGGAUAGAAGACCAAAUAAUGCCUAUCUGCCUAUUUUGGUGGCAGCACUCCUGCUGGCUGUAAUCGCUCUGUUAUUCGUUGUGAUACCCUACAUCUGCAGGAGGCGUUGUACAUCAAAAUUUAUAAAGACUAUUUGCUGCCAAGGCCCACAGCAUUCAGAAGAGAAUGAAGAAUCACAUGCUAGUGAAACUGCACACGGUGCUGUUAAAGCUAAACCAACACGUCUGCUCUCCCUGGAUACUUUCCGAGGGUUUUCCCUGACUGUGAUGGUGUUUGUGAACUAUGGUGGUGGAGGCUACUGGUUCUUUCAGCACGCACCUUGGAACGGUCUAACUGUGGCGGAUCUUGUCAUGCCAUGGUUUGUGUUUGUAAUUGGGACCUCAGUGGUUUUGGCUUUCAGUUCCAUGCAGAGGAGAGGAGUUAGCCGCCUGCAGCUGCUACGAAAAAUCACCUGGAGAACAGUCGUCCUCUUGCUGCUCGGCUUCUGCUUUCUCAACUACUCUCCCAAAGACGGACCACUGUCCUGGUCCUGGCUGAGGAUCCCAGGAGUGCUGCAGCGUCUGGGCUUCACCUACUUUGUUCUGUCUCUCCUGCAGACUUUCUGGGGCCAGAAAGAAAUCCCACUGACUGCGUAUAACUGGUGGAACCCGGUCCAGGAUAUUCUCCUUUACUGGCCACAGUGGCUGAUCAUCAUCCUGCUGGAGACUUUGUGGCUGUGCUUAACUUUCCUCAUGCCUGUCCCCAACUGCCCCACAGGGUAUUUAGGAGCCGGUGGAAUUGGCGAUAACGGGCUUUACCCAAACUGCACGGGAGGUGCAGCGGGAUACAUCGAUAGGUGGAUGUUUGGUGAUAACAUGUACAGAUACCCCACGUGCAAAGAAAUGUAUCGCACCACACAGCCCUUUGACCCAGAGGGGGUUCUGAGUACCAUCAACUCCAUUGUCAUUGGAUUUCUAGGGAUGCAGGCGGGGAAAAUUAUAAUUUUCUACAAAAAGAUGAAUGUCCACAUCCUGUGCCGAUUCCUAGUGUGGACCCUCAUCCUGGGAAUCUCCGCAGCCAUCCUUUCUAAGUGCACGCGAGACGGAGGAUUUAUACCUGUCAAUAAAAACCUUUGGUCGUUGUCCUAUAUCAUGUGUAUGGGCUGUUUGUCUUUCCUGCUGCUGGGAGGCAUGUUCUUUGUCGUCGACAUCAAGGGCUGGUGGGGUGGACAGCCAUUCAUAUACCCAGGGAUGAACUCCAUCUUUGUGUAUGUUGGCCACUCUCUCCUGGGCUUCUACUUCCCUUUCAGCUGGGAAAUGCGCUUCCAGCAGAGCCACUGGGAGUGGCUCUUUCAAAGCCUGUGGGGGACUGCACUGUGGCUGCUCAUCGCCUACCUGCUCUACAGGAAGAAAUUUUUCCUCAAAAUAUAAGCAGGAUAAUCCAUCCCACUUCUGUACAUUGUAUUAUUUUAUAUUUUCAUUUAAAGGCAGCCUCUAAAGCUAAUUUUAAA